AUGCUCUGCAUCCGAGUAGUUUGCCCCAGGCUUGAUAUAACAGCCAUCGCCAGUGGCCGGCGCACACUUCGCCUCGCUCCUCGCUGGCAGCAAGGCGGUAUUGGCGGGCAGCAAGGCGGUUUUGGCGGGCAGCAAGUCGGUUUUGGCGAUUUAGGCGGGCAGCAAGGCUGUUUUGGCGGGCAGCAAGGCGGUUUUGACGGGCAGCAAGGCGGAUUCGGCGGAUCUGACAGACCAGGCGGACCCAGCGGACAGGGCGGACAGGGCGGACAGGGCGGAGGAGGUCCGCCCAUGGAGCCUCCGCCUAAGUUCGGGCCGCUAAACGUGAACGAAAAGGUUGUGGGCUACCUGGCCGGUGUGUGCUUGUCGCGUCGCGGCCGCGCCCUUGGGUCUGGGGACGAGACUUGCGCUCGUGCGGGGCUCGGGGCAACGGGGGGGAGUGGGGGAACGGGGGGAACGGGGGGAACGGGGGGGAAUGGGGGAACGGGGGGAAAUGGGGGAAGGGAAGCUGGGAGGUUGGCUGUGGUGUGUGGCAACUUCAACCGUGUGUUCCGGAUCUUGCUGGCGGGCGCUACUAGAGGCCCGCCCGAUUCUCUUGCAAUAGUGCAGGGUGCUGCGUGCGACGCUGCAGCCACUUCUGUCCUCUCCCUCCCGGUCGCCACUACCGGUUGGCUCAUCAGCUCCGAAUGGUGGGUGCUGCACUCUGAAAUGCGCCUCGACAGAUUUCUGGAGAACGCGAAUCCCGCAGCAGUGGCGACCCUGAUGGCCGCGAUUCCAAGCAUUCCGGAUACUGGAGUUACUUCUGCUGGUGCUGCUGCUGGUGGUGCUGCUUCUGGUGGUGCUGCUGCUGGUGGUGCUGCUGCUGCCGGGGGUGGUGGUGGUGCUGCUGGUGUUGCUGCUGCUGGCGAUGGUGGUGGUGCUUCUGCUGGCGAUGGUGGUGGUGCUGCUGGGGAUGGUGGUGCUGCUGGGGAUGGUGCUGCUGCGAUGGGCUCUGGCAACACGGGAGAGCUGCUGACUGUGACGGGGUACGCUGUGCUGGCUGAGAGCUCGUCCUUUGGUGCCACGUGGGGUGCCGAGCUCAAGGGUGUGCUCGUGCCAGAGGAUUCCCUGCCCGCACCCCCUUGA